AUGAAAUAAUUUGUUAACCCAGUUUUUCAACCUCUAGAUCAUUCCAUAUCAAUGAGUCAUCGUAGAACUGAAUACAUACCCAAGAUUCCUCAACCAACAAUUGGACAGGAGUUGCCAUGUGAUUUUGAAAAAAUAUUUUCAUCAGAAACAGACAUUUCAUCUCGGCUGAAUGAUAGCAUGAUAUAACCAUUUGAUAAUAGGAAUUUCUACAUUGAUUAAUCUCCUGCUUACAGAGGAACCACAGAGAGCUAAUUCCACAAUAAUACGCUCACUCUAACACAAGUAGUUGACUAGAAAAAAUAUAAUUAAGAAAUCAUCAAGUAUUCUGAUGAUGAUAGUUUAAUUAAUUCUUCGUUUUUUGGUGUCCUAAAUUAGGAUGCUUUCUAAAAACCAUUAUAACAGAUGGAUUCAAUUUACAGAAAACUUGAAGAACCAAGUUAAUUUAAUCAUAAUACCAAAAAUGCCCAAACACUUUGUGAUGAAGAAUUAAGAGCCGAAUUGUAAGAUCAAGUUUAAGAUCUCCACAUUAAUAAUAAAUUUAUUUCUCCUACACUUUAUUAACCAUUUAGUUAACCGAUACAAGAUAGUUCCAAUAGAAUUAAUAAUUUCAACAAUACCAACAAGUACUCAACCAUACAAACUUAUGAAAAUAAACCUAUUGAUGCAUACAAACCAUAUGAUUAAAAUUUAAGAUAAUAAUCCAAUUUACAGUAGCCAAGUUAGUAUACUUUACAGGGUAACGAACAAAUAAAGUACAAUUCAACCUCAUAUAACAAUAAUUAUCCAACAUCUGUUGAAACUAAUAUGAUCAUUUAAAAUACACCUCCAAGAAGUAGGUUCGUAUCCCCAACCUUAUAGAAAUAAAUAGAAUAAAAAUAGUAUUCUGAAAUUAAAUAAAACACUUAUAACAAUUCCAAAACAGAAAAAUUAAGAAUUAACAGUCCUGACUAAUUUGAAACCAUAAAAAUUACUGAAAUUGUCAACGUUGAAAACUCAUAAAAUUAAUCUCUAACAUCACCCUCGCCUUCUGCACCAGUCUUGCCACUAAGGCAUUCAAGCUUUAUUAAUAAAAAUUCUGAACCUUUAGCCAAUAAAAAAAAUUCAGAUGUUUAUUACUCCUAAAUGGUCUAACCUAUGACAAAUCAAAAAGUAUUACAAAGAACUAUUGUAAAUAAAGGUUAAGAUAAUAAUGAAUAUGUAUUAGAUGCUCAAUUAUAAUAAUACUCUAGAAAAAUUCAGUCUCCGCACAAAAAUAACAUUAUUUUAGACUAAUAAUCUGAAUUAUAAAGUAAUCGUACUUCUUAACAACAGAUUAUUAUUCCUUAACCUCAAAAAUAAAUCUAUUCAGUUUAAUCUCCUACUUAAUUACCUCAAUCACCAAAAUUAAUAACGAAACAACAAGAAAGGUUGGAUCAAAAGGAAUUGUUUUUAUAAGCAGAGAAAGCAAUAAAAUUUUAAAGAACUCAACCUAAAGCUAUUCUACCUGAAUGGUAAAAAUAAUCAAAUUAAAAGGAUACUAAACAAACACAACAAACAAAUCAAACAUUCUCAAAGAAUAAUGGCAAUAAAUAAGAUGAUUUACAAGUAUUAUGCGUAAUAUGUGAAGAUCUUAUCCCUUUUGAGGAUGUAGAUUCCCAUUCUAUUAGAUGCUUAGCAAAAUCUAAGCAAUAAGCAAAAACUCAAACUGCUCAUACUUUAAUUCUGAAUUUGAAUCACAAAUUGGAACAAUUAAAAUAGAAUAUCAUUAUAUAAUCUAAGUAGUUAGGAGAUGAUUUGGUGAAUAGCGAGGAGAUAAUUGGUUGCAUUACAAAAAUCAUCUAAUGUUCUUAUAAUUAUAAGAAACUCAAGUAAUAUAAUGAAUUAUUGGGUUAACAAUAUCAAAAGUACUAAUAAAACUUCGAUCAAAAACGAUUUAUUAUGAUCCUUACAUUGUAAAGGGUCUUAGCAGUGUCAUAAGAGAAACAGUUAAAAUUAUAAUUCGUUGAAGAAAGCUAAAAUAAUUAAAUGGAAGAUGAAAGUUUUUUAUAUAAUGAACUUAAUAGAUUAAAUAAAUAGGUCGAAAUAGAAAAAGCUAAUUUAGAACAAGCCAAAUUAGAAUAAGAAUUGUUUAAGAAAAUUUAAAAGGAAGACCUUGAAAAUAUGAAGUAUUUGAGAGCAUAAUAUUUGGAAUAAAACGUAGAUAAUGAAGUGCUUUCUUAAAUAAACUCGGAAUGGGAUGUAAGGAAUCCUGAGACAAAAACCAACAGAAUCUCUAAUAGUAUUGUAUCGGAUAUUUAAUACUAAAGGGAUUUUGAUGGGAUGGCAGUUCGAAAAGAGGGAAGCAGUCCAACAAUAAUUUAAAAUGAGGUUACACAAUUGAAUAUUAUUUAGGAUUAAAAAAAAGCAUUUUAUUAGUUAGCCGUCUAGAUAAAAUUAAAUCUACCUCAUAAUCAUCCAGGAAAAAACUUAUUACUUUAGGAUGCCUAUGAGAAGGCUGUAAAUUUAAAAGUACCAAAGGUUGGAUGGGAGAUGUUUAUUAUUGAAGAAAUUAGAAAUAUCUAAUAAUGA